AUGAACGGUACGCUGUCGAGAAGGUCCCCAUUUAUGGGGAUUGAUGGCAUACAAAGCAGCGUUUGUGGGAGAAAAGUGUACGUACACGACAUAUGCAUUUGCGAAAUCGCUGGCACGCCUUCUGUCUGUCGUCUCCUCGAGCUCUUCUGGGACACUGCAAGCGGCGGAGUAGUUGCAACUGUUAGCGGGUUUCGGCCAGUAGCAGAGGUGCGAAAUGUGGGGCAGGCGGAGAUGCGAGGAGGACUUGUGCGAGUCUGGGAAGACUGUACUGCUGGAGCGGAAACGUAGUUGAACGUUGCCGGCGUCCUGGGCCUGGCGGAGAUCUACAUGGCCGACGAGAUGGAAGCUGACAAGCACGAUGGUGAGUGGGACCAAGAACAACAUAUUCGCACGAUUGAGAGCGAAGUAUCUGAUUGGGAGCGAGAUCGUGCGAUACGAUGUAGCUUGUCUACUGCUGAGAGGAAGAGCUUGCUGUGCGGCUUGAGUUGAAGGGCUUUCCCAUAGCUUCAAGCCGAUACCCGGGUCAUCCUGCGGGUGUCUCGCGUUGUAGAGCUAGUCUACACCGCGGAGCAGAAGCUACGGGAGGGCCUACCGCGCCAGGCGACGGCGCCCUGAAACAGUUUCGGGCAGGAACAGCCAAUCUGGGAAAAUCUAGCAACGUGCGUAGCUCCUCGCUGCUGCAGCCGAUCGCAGUGACACGCAUAUGCACGCGAAGCUGCUGAAGAGAGCUUCAAUUUGCGCCGCUUUUUGGAAGAGCCCGUCCCCUGCUUCCAGAGAAAUGACGGGAGGCGUCUGGACCCGAAUUUCGAUUUUUUUAUUUUUCUUAAUAUGACACAACGAGUCCAUCUCUAUUAUAGAAAAGAGUCAGAGACAGAUUAACAAUGGAAUCAUAGCGUCAGAGAAAACUACCUGUGUGUCUACGAUUUCCCAGACAGCAUAUAGGGACAUCUCCCCUGUGGGUAACAGGCUCAACAAAUCAGUUUGGUAGCUGUCUUGUGUGUCUCAUAUAUGUUAUGUUGGGAAGGUGCAGACGAAAGGUGUUGGGUACUGUUGGGUAGUCGGGCGUUUUGUGUGUCGCACCCUAUUAGUUAUAGGACAUGCAAUCUCCAUCAGUUUACAAACGUAUUUUCAGUUUGGUAUGUAUAUGUGCGGAGUAUAUGCGGCUGAU